UGUAUUUCUUUUUCUUACAGCAAAGUAUCCAGAGAUAAAAUCCUUGAUGAAACCUGACCCCAACCUGAUCUGGAUCAUAUCUGUGAUGUUUCUCGUCCAGUUGGCUUCAUUUUACUUAGUGAAAGACUUGGACUGGAAAUGGGUCAUAUUUUGGUCCUUUGUCUUUGGCAGCUCCAUUAAUCACUCAAUGACUCUGGGCAUCCAUGAGAUUUCUCACAAUUUUCCCUUCGGUCACCACAGGGCGCUGUGGAACCGCUGGUUUGGAAUAUUUGCUAACCUCCCUAUUGGGGUUCCAUAUUCCAUCUCCUAUAAAAUUUAUCACAUGGAUCACCAUCGGUACCUGGGAGCUGAUGGCAUCGAUGUGGAUGCUCCUUCUCAUUUUGAGGGCUGGUUCUUCUGCACCACUCUCAGGAAGCUCAUCUGGGUUGUUUUUCAGCCUUUUUUUAUUUUUUUCCGACCUUAUUUUGUCAACCCCAGACCAGUUACUUAUCUGGAAAACAUCAAUAUUGUGACCCAGAUCUCUUUCAACAUUAUGAUUUACUAUGUUUUGGGAAUUAAAGCUUUAGUCUACAUGUUGGCAGCCUCCCUACUUGGCCUGGGUUUGAAUCCAAUUUCUGGGCAUUUCUUAGCUGACCAUUACAUGUUCUUAAAGGGGCAAGACACCAACUCAUAUUAUGGGCCUCUGAACUUUCUCAUGUUCAAUGGGGGCUACCAUAAUGAACAUCAUGACUUCCCUAGCAUUCCUGGAAGCCGCCUUCCACAGGUGAGGAAAAUAGCAGCUGAAUACUAUGAUGAACUCCCCCAUCACAACUCCUGGGUGAAAGUACUGUAUGAUUUUGUGAUGGAUGACACACUGAGUCCCUACUCAAGGAUAAAGAGGCCUCCAAAGGGGAAUGAGGUUCUGCAGUAA